AUGAGCGGAAAUAAUCAAGAUUCUAUUAAUACUAUUUAUUCUUAGCACGAUGAUCCUUAAAUGCUGAUGGCAAUAGCAAUUUCGAAGCAAAUAAAUGGCUCUGAAGAAUCUUCAGAAAAUUCUGUUAAAGUUUUCUUAAAUAGAUUCAUAAAGAAAAAUUAGAAAAACAAAACUUUAUCAGAAGUGUCAAUAAAUAGAUUUAACAUUUUACUUUAUUAAGUGAAGUCUAUAACUUUGACAGUGGAAGAUUUAGUUACGCUAAUGGAAGUCAUUGAGAUAUAUUCAAAUAAUUUUGAGAAUCUUGCCCAAUAUGAAGAGCUAUGGCCAAACCUCAAAAUUAGCUUUUCAAACAUACUAUAAUUUAUUAAAAUAGCAUUUGACUACAUCAUUUAAUCAUAAAUAUCAGAAAACAGUCAAUAAAUCAAAAGAUUCAUAGAAAGCGUUUUAAUAGUUUUCAAAAAGAUAUUUAAAAUAUAGAAAGACAGCUUUUUAGAAUAUGCUACUGUUGAUUAAGUUAUAAAUAAAAUUGAGCGUUCACCUUUAUGUGAGAAAUUAGCUUAGUAGAAAUCAGAAGAUACUUCUUAUGAGAGUGCUAUUUUAGUUGAAGACCAAAGCUUUAGCAACAGAGUUAUAGACUUAAGUGAUGAACUGAUCUUUGCUGAGGACGCAAAUGCAUAAAAAGUUUAAAGGGUUUUCAGAAGAUUCUUAUCACCUAAUAGCGAAUUUAUGAAAGAAUAUACCAAUUUGAUAGUAAAUUUGGUCAAAAACAGUAUUCUAUCUGAGUAUAAUUAAUAGCUUAUUAUUUUGCUCUCAGACUUAAUAAGCAACAAAAAAGUAGGAAAUGCAAGCAUUAUUAAAAAUUUAAGUGACAGAAUUCUACCAGAAGUAAUUUAAAAUCCAACUUGUGAGAAUUUUGAUAUAAUCAUUCUCUUGAUGAAAGGCUCUAUCAUUAAUGAAUAAAUAGGCAAAGAACAAAGACUUGAGUUAUUUUACAAUUUGAUAGUCGGAUUAGGAAAUGUUUCAAUAGAAAAAACAGAUACAAAGUUUGAAUAGCUCCUCUAAAAAAUUAACACUAUCUUCAAGGUUUAUUCAGAAAAUAUGAAGCUCCAAAAUUUAGAAAAAGGAAACACUGAUUUUAAAUUUUUAGACAAUCUUUUUGAAGUUUCUUAUUAGUUUAUGAGCAACAUGAAGAAAAUAUAAGAAGCUGAAUUACAUCAUAAUUAGAUUAAGAAAAUGGAACAAAUUAAUUCUUAAGAGAAGAAAAUGGAAGUAGAAGCCUAAAAUGUGAUGGUACCACCUGCACCUGCUUUAAACAUAGCUUCUAACUCCAAAAAUUAAUUUUAAGCAGCUCUUAAACCCUUGAACAGCGACUCCUUCCUUGAAGACUCUUACGUUGAUGAGAAAUCUAAUUCUGCAUCAAAUUACUCAUAUCAAAUGGAAAAUAUGAUCAUGAGAAUAUAGUCUUCAGUCAAAAAAGAAUCUAGCUAAAAAUAAAAUGAAGACUCAAAUAAAACUAUUUAAUCUAUCAAGCCAAAUAUCAGCGAAUCUUGUGAAGAUAUUUUACAAAAAUAGUUUGAAUUGAUUGCUAAAUUGUCUUCGUUUUUGUUUACCAUUUAUAAAGCGAUCAGCGAUGUAGAAUUUUUAAAUAAGAGAAUGAGCACAAAAUUAAAUUAUGACAUUCUUACCAAACUCAUUUAAUAAAUAAAUUAAUUUUAUGUUCAUUAUAAAUAAAUUUCAUCACAGCUCACUAAAAUAAUUCUUCUUUUUAUUAAUUCGAAUUCUCAUUUCAAUGAAGAGUUUGUAAAGAGUUAUUGCUCUUCAUUGUCUCACUUCUUAUUAAGAUAUAAAAUUGAGAAAUCAAAUAACUAGAUAAAUAAUCAUGUCAUUAGCAUUUAUGUUAAAAUAUACUUGAGUUUAACAUCAUAAAAGAAGGAUAGUUUUAAGGAAGACAUAGAGCAGGUCAACAAAAAUAUUUUAGAUUUUUUCAUUGAAGGUUUGUUUGAUGUGAAAAAUUAUCACAUGCUUCUUCUAAAUUUGGUUUACUUAAACUUGAACACUCCUGCUGAAAAGGAGAAAAUGAUUAAAAGUAUUUUGAGCAAUAUUACUGUCAUGAAUUAAAACAUUCUCAUUCUUAUUCUUUUACUCUACAACUUACUUGUUAGCAGUAGCUACAACAUUUUCGAAAACAAAUUCAAAAAUAUACUUAUGAAUUUGCUUCAAUAAAAGGCAAUUACAUUAUCUUAAAACUCAGACGAUUCAAACUAAUAAGGCCAGCUUAAUUCAUAAAAUGGUUCAUUAUCUAACUAAAAUUCCUACAGCAACCAAAAUCAAUCUAAUGACACUUCAGGAGGAAUGAUUGAUAUGUGUGAUCCACUGAAUAUAAAUAAUUUCUUAUAAAUAAGUAAUUAAAAUGUUAAAAAGCUAAAAUUACCUUCAUUAUCUGGCUAAUCGACCACUUCUAUUAUAGCUUCUAACAUUUCCCUUUAAAUCUCCUUUGAAAAUAAAUCAAACUUAAUUUAAUUAAUUAAGAAAUUAAACUAAAAUAUUUAAUAAGUGCUCUAAAAUGUUAAUAACUUGCAAGUUUUUUAUUCAUUAAUGAUUGAACUCAAUCAAAUCGCUUAGCUGAUGGAUCCUACUUUCUAAAAGUCUAUUCUUAUAACUAACUUUGAGCAAAUUUAAUAGAUAAAUGCUAUUAAAAAUUAUGAAGGAGCAAUCUCUAUAUUUAAUGAAACAAUAGCACUUGAUAGCAUGAAUUCCACGAGAGAUAGUUAAAUCUUUGCCUUACUUUUAAGGACUAAUCAUCUGAUACGUUCUAAUGACUCUUCCGCAUUAGGUGCAAGCUAGACAAACAAGAAAAGCCAAAAUUAAUCUAAUAGUGAUAAAAUGGAAGUUGAAUAAAUAGUUGGUUCUGAAAACAGCAAUAAAUCUCAAAAUAAUUCAUAAGAAAUGGGCUCAUAAAGCAAAAUGAAUAUCGAAGAUGACGCCUAAGAAAUACACAUAAUCCAUUUGGCACUUACUAACGCUAUUAAUCGCUUAAAGUUGUAUUAGAAGGACUCAUAAGAGUAACUCAAGCAAGUAAUUCAUUCUAUAAUGAAUGAAACUCAAUAGAUAGAAAGAGAUAUUAUGAUGUGCAUAUUGAAAUAAGAUAACUUAAAAACAUCUGACGUAUUUGACAAAUUAAAUCUCUCAGAAGCUAUCUAUAUCGAUGUCUUGAAGUUUAUUUUACUUCACUGUAAUACAUCCAUAGAUACUGAAAUAGAUAAAAUUAUCGACCAUCUCAAGAAAAAUUUGAACGCUGUCUAUAUAACCGAGCUAUUAUCAAUAAUAUCCCAACCUCUUAAAUAUCUAGAUAAGGACUUAUCUUCCCGCUUUACUUAAUCUCACACUAAACUCUAACAAGAUUUGAACUAGUAUGUUUUCUCUCGCAUGUAUGUAAAAGAGCUUCUCCAAUUCAUAGAUGUCUUAUUUAACUAUAUCACUAAAAAUAUUUCAGGUAAAUUAAAAGACUUUUACAACUUCGACAAAUAUCCUACAUCAAAGUAGCUUUGUGAAGAAGUCUUAAUUUUGAGCGUGUUAAAUGCGAAUGUAGUAGGAAAAUCUGCUAUUGAAAGUAUUGAUACUCUUUUUAAUUCUUAAGCACAGAAAUUCACUUAAUACUUCAAAAGUAGUAUGGGUUCAACUAUAUAAGAGUAUGAGAGACUUGCUUUCCUUUUGAUAAUAAAUAAAUUUUAGAAGUACUCGCUUUAAGUAGAGUUAUUUAAUGUGAUCAUGAAAUCACCUUCUAUCAGCGAUUUUUCUAUGAGCGUAUUGAAUUAGAUCAUUUUAUUGAUAUUGGCAGAAAUAAAAUCUUCUCCACUGAAUUUAAAAGCAUUUUGCAUAGCCUUUAACUUGAAUAUUAUUCCUAAAGAUUCAGUCGAUCCUAACCUUCUUAGGCUCUGCUUUGAGUUGAGAAAGAAUCUUGAUUUACAUAACAUCUAAACAUUAGAGUCUAAUAACAUUUUACUGGAUAUCUUGCUUAGAUAUCCUAAUAGGUAAGCUGAUCUGCUCUUGCCUUUUGUUGGUUAGAAAGGUGUCAAUUUAAAGGAAAAGCUUUGGUUCCCUAUUUCUGACUUAAUAAAGACAUGCUUCUAGUCAUCUAAUGUUGAUCUGCUUUAUGAUCUAGAUUCUGAUUACGAUUACAACAAUAAAACUAAAUCUAGAGCCAAAAUGGAAAAAGCUUUAAGUAACUUAAAGAAAGAAAGUGCCAGAGGAAAUUAUAAAGAUCAUAAAAUAAUACAGGCAAUUGAAAAAAUGAAUCCUGAAUAAUUCAUAAAAUUUGAUUGCUAAGUUCAAAAGUUUAGCUACGAAAUGGAUAAAAAUUUGUACUACAACACAGACAAUAUAGCUAAUUUCAAAACUUUGAGAGCUGCAUUUACCUAAAACUUUCUUUAACAUUUCAAUAGCUUAUUGACAUAAAAUCGUCCUUUAAUUUAAUAGUUCAUCAGAGACUGUGAAAUUAGUCCUUCCAAAAUCACUAUUUCUGAGUCUGAAGACAAAAAUAAAGUCAUGAAAAUAUGCUUUGCUGAGUUAAUGAAUUUCUUUGAGGCAAUCAUAACAGAAGGAAGAGAUUUUGAUAAAUAAUUUGUCAAAAAAGUUUUGCUAUUAGCCAGCGAAAUUAUUUAUACUAUAACAAGCGAGACUUAUAAAAUAUAAAAUAUUGAAAUAGGAAUUAUAGGCUAUAACACCGAACGUAUAAUUUAGGUGUCCCACUUCAUUUUUACUAAUUCAAUUAACUCUAUCGAUAUUAAAGAUCAUUAAGAACUUAUUAAGGAGUUAUUUAAUUACUCUCUCUUUUUGGAUAAGUUAGAUAACUUAAAAUCUAAGAAAUAUUUUAUCGAUAUACUCCUACUUCUCAUUCUACACAUUAAAUAAGCUGAACAAGAAUAGAUUAUGCAAGAAAAGAAAAAGAGAGCUUAAUCUGAUUAAUAAAUCAAAGAUAUUUAGGUGUUAUAAUAAUAGUAGAUGUAAUUACAAUAAGCUUAAUAGAAUGACAAAAUGGAAACAGAAGUGACAAGAGAAUAGCUCGUAGAAGACUUAGAUAAGAAGUUUAAUUCACUUCCAAAGGAAGUAACUACAAAUAUUUGCACUCUAGAAAAAUACUAAGGAAGACAUGAACAACAAAUAUUCUAUAAAUGCCAUACUUGCAAUAUAGCUGAAUAAAGCUAUGUUAUAUGUUCUUGGUGUGCUAAUGUUUGUCAUAAUGGUCAUGAUGUUAUGUAUUACAGAUAAUCAAGUGGAACUUGCGAUUGUGUAGAAAAAGGACCUCAAGGAGGAUGUAAAGUUAAGCUUUAUAAGAAAGAUCAGGGACCUUCUUUUGUAUAAUAAUAGCAAUAGAGCUAAAAAAGCUAUAAGUUUGAGAGAUAUGAUUUUAACAAUAAGACUCAAUACGACCAAGUUCUUAGCCAAAUAGAUAGCUCUGAAAUUCCUGCUGAAUUACUCUCCUACUAUCUAAAAGGAAAGGAGAAGGAAGAGAAAUUAAGAGCAUUGCAAGAAGAAAGAUCACAAUUUAACUUUGAGAAAAAAAUUGGGUCACUGAAUCCUUUUAGCUAAAUUUAGGACGAAUAAGAUGAGUAGUAUGAAGAAGUAAAUGAAGAGUAAUUUAUCGAAGAAGAAGAGAAAAAUGAAGAUGAAAUGUUCUCAAGUGAAUCAGAUAAAGAAAUUGAAUUAAAAUAAAGUGAGUAAAAUAUAUAAGCAUUUGCAGGAAGUCAAAGAACUUACAUGCUUGAAAAAUAAGUAACUAAUGGCAACAAGGAACGUUAAGCAGAUUAAAAUUAUAAUUUCCGUUUUGGUGAUUUGAAUAAAUUCAAUCACAGUAUUCAGCGUUUAAUUAAUCAUAACAACAAUUUGUGUGAGGUUGAGACAAACAACUAAAGUCUAGAAAAUUCUAUAAAUAAUCCAUUCUCAGAUAUGGGCAAUUAGGGCUAAGCUGAAGACAGCUAAGUAUUAAAUUAUGCUGAUAAUUAAAAAUCUAUAGUAAACAAUUUUAGUUUGAAGGAUAUUAGUGAUAUGGAUGCCUUCUUAUUAAAUUUAAUAGAUACAUAACAAAAAUAAUAACCACAAUUUAAUAUGAUAAAUGCAAUAAUGCAGCUUUGCGAGUAAUAGUUAACAGCAAUAAUUUCUAAUUGGGAAUCAAUUUCAUCAAAUAGAGAGAAAUAAAAAUCAAACAAUGCUGUUCAGAUUAUUGAUUUCAUUUCUAAUAUUGUUGCAGGAAGUACACUAACAAGUUAAAUGGAUAAUACUUUGGGAAAAAUAGUUUGUAGAUUAUACAAAAAUGGGUUACUUGAUAUGAGAGUGAGAGAAGAUUAAUUUUCUGACAAUUAAUAUUUCUUGAUGUAAAACGGAUACGGAGCACAACCAGUUGCUCCUAUGAUAAUAAGAAAGCCAAUAGACUAUAAUAAUGACAAUUUAAUUGUAGUUACUAGCGGUUCUAAAGUGGUAGUCAUAGAUAGGUCAAAACUUCUCAUGAGAUUAGCUGAAAACAUUAAAUCUUAAAUUGCCUCAAACAAUGAAGACCUAUUUUAGGGUAACAGAUUACUAUAACUUUCUCAGACUGACAUUUCAAUCAUCCAACAAUAUCCUCUUGACUUUACAGUUAUGCACGUUAGAUUUUCUCCUAAAAACUCUUAAGUUAUAGCUAUUUGUGGACUUAAUUAAAUUCAAAUUUGGAAAAUUAGCAAUGAAGCUAAAAUACUAAAGUCAAUUAGCAUACAAUAAAAGAAUUAUGGAGAAUACAUCAACAAAAUCUUAUGGCUUCCAAAUAGUGAGCAAUACUUAAUGAUUAUGAAUUUAAAGAGCAUCAGAUUAUAUCAAGUUAAUUUUGAAGGAAAUAGCCCUCUUAUUAUGAAAUUUAAUGCUAAUGAUUAGAGUGGUAUAUUUAAAGACUUUAUUAUUGCUGAAAAUCCAGUUCGUCAAAAUGAGUUUAUUGUCUUAGUUGCCUGUGCAGAUGGAAGAGUUUAUUAUUAGGAAUUCGGCACUUAGUAAAGAGAAGAUAUUAUAUUUACUACCUAUAUUGGUAUACCAUAAGAAUAUGUUCCAAAGGGAUAGGUGUGCAUGGGUAUAAGUUACUCUCCUUAUUCAAAUAUUAUGACUCUUUCCUAUAAAAAUGGAGUUAAUAUCUUUGGUAAGCUCGAUAUUAAGACUCACAGACUCACAAACUGCUUUACUUAUAGGCCACUUCAGUCUUAAAAUAAAAAUGGCUUGCUUUCAUUUAUUGAAAGAAGUGGUGAAAUAAUGGCAAACUCAAACGAAAUUUAUGUCGAUGAUAACUAGUGUAUUUAUAUAACUGCUUUGAGAGAUCCUAAUAAUUAAUCAAACUACUCAAUCCACAGUGGAUAUCUUACUGUAGUUAAGCUUUCUCCAAAUUAAAUUGUAACUUAGCCAUUGGCAACAAGCUUAGUUAAGAUAAAUGAUGAUAAAAAGUGUGAAGGUUAUUGCAUUAUUAAAACAGAUAAGUUAGAAGGUAUUAAGCUAAUUAUGUCAGUCCAUGAAGAUGGAACAUUAAAUCUAUUUGGAGUUUAAAACGACGGAUAAAGCAUACACAAUAUUCAUAAAUAUAUUAGAGAAUAACUUAUUGUUGAUCCUAAAGAUAAAAAUGCAAAAAAGAAUGGUGACGCUAAUGAUGGAGAAGACGAUGGUGAUAGCAACAGUUUGAAAUACCUAAGUGACGAGGAUUAAGAUGACCCUACUGGCAAUAAAAAACAAUCUUAAAAUCAUCCUUUUGUCAACGAUCCAACCUACAAAAUUUUGAAGAAUGAAUUUAAACUGACAGAUUUAAGCAAGAAUUCAACUCUUUUGGUUGAUUUUAUGGAAAAAUUCUAGCCUUUACGACAAGAAGCAGACAUAAAAUUGGAAAUUAACAAAACAAAGAAUGAAGUUGUUUUAAACAAUGAAAAAAAUAGUGUGUUAAUCUCAAAGAACGAACCUUAAGAAAUAAGUUUGAAGUGCCAAAAUAAGCAAUAUAUAAUUGUUGGUGUUAGAAUCAAAAUGUAAAUGCCUCCUAACACUGGUCAAGGUAUUUACAAAAUCAAGUUAUUUAAUAGAGAAAUUAAGCUAUUAAAUGCCUCCCAAGAAGAUAAAAAAAUCAUUGACCUUUCGCUAUCAAAUCUUGAAUCGAUAUACUCGUAUAUCCAAAAUAACUUGACAUUCACUAUUUCUUCUUAGAACCCAAUAAGUAAUUCUAUGAAAAUCUCAACUCACGAUAUUAAACUGAUAAGCAUUGAGCCAUACGGAGCUACUAUUUAGCAAUACUAGCUUAAGGAGAAAAUUGAAUAGCUCAAGACUAUCUUAAAGAUUAAGGCAUUAUCAGAUAAAUAAGAAUCAAAGUAAGAAGACAAAGAAAAUCCAAAAGAAGUUGAAAAUAUUCUCGUAAACACUCAAAAAAUAUUGCCAGUUGACUUUUAGAAGAGGAGAAAUCACCUCCUUUAGCAUAUUGAUUAAAGUGAGGUGAGAGACUUAAUAAAUGAACUAGAUAUGCUAACAAUUUAAAUUUUACUUAGCUCUCAAUAACUUGCUUCAAAGAGUCAAAGUGAAACUUUCUUGAAUGCCAAUAGACUAAAAGAGAUUGCUAAGUAACUUAAGGUAAUGCUUGUAAACCCAAAAAUAAAUGGUCAAGUUAAUGAGUAUCUUUUGUCUUCUGUUAAGAGAACUCUUAAAUGCAUACUCUCUACUUACUAAAUUUAUACCUCUGAAAAGAUUAUUGUUAGUCACCCCAUGGAAUACACUACUUUCAAGACCCUUGCUAGAGCAGAAUAUUUUUAUAAUUAACUUACUGAAGACUCAAUCACAUUGAAUGAUAUUUAUGUUUUCCUUUAGAGACUAGAAAAAUUAGCAUUCAACAGACUACCAUUACUUUUCAUGAUUUUUUCAAUUUAUCCACAAUUACUAUAGCAAAUAAUAAAGAAAUUCUUACAGAUUAUAAAGGGAGAUUAUGAUUAGAAAACUUGCGAGGUCACAAUCAAUUCAAUAUUGAAGAUUAUUAUUCUUUAUUAUCAGUAUCUUAAAAAUAAAGCAGCAGCUCCAUUAUCUUCAGUCCUUAGUUUAGAGGAGGUUUUAUAAAGUGAGUCCCUUAAGGAUGCAGGCAAAGAAGCAUUUGAGAUCUUUGAUUAAUUUUUAUAUGGUUUAUAAUCUACAAAUUUAAGAUAGAAAUUAAUGAGUCCUACAAAAGAAUUCUAAAAUUUCCUCAAAAGUGAAAGCUAAAUUUUCAGAGAUGAACUAUAGAAAGGAUAGAUCAGAAAAUUUGAUUUUGCUUUCGAUUUGUUUACCUUUAUGCCUAAAUUGAAAACUCAGAAAGAAGACAAACUAAUCAUAGAGAAGAAGGAAGAAAAGCCUAAAUUAAAUUAACCUUCAAGCUCAGCUGCUUACAGAUAAUUCUCUGAUCAAUUCAUGGAAGAUAUUUCUGAACAACAAGAUAUUGAUCUCAAUAUGGUUUAUGGAUAUAAUGGAGAUAUGGAUAUAUAGAACGCAAAUGAUGCCAACAACUUUUUAUAUGCUGGUAUAGAUAACAUGAACGAAGAGGAAAUGAUGAAGUUAGCAAUAGAAAUGAGUUUAUAAGAAAAGAAUAAUAACCUUGCUAACUAGGAUGAAUCUGAAAGCAAUAGCAAGGCUGAUGAAUCUAACAGUAAUAGCAAGAGAAUGGAGGAAGAACAUAUGCAAAUUGCAAGUGGAGAGGAUUCUGAAAGUAUUAGAAUAAGAAAUGCUACAGAAAAUGAAAAUUCAGAAGAGAGAAAGAGUAUGAAUGAAGAACAAAAUGAAAUUGUUAAAAAUAAGGAUAUGAUCGACGAAAAUGAAGAAAAUGAAGAUGACAUUGUGAAAAUCAAUCCUUAGAAAAUUAGUAUUUUAACUUUUGAUAUUUCAAGUGAUUUCUUGAAAUCAAUGCUUGAUAAGUUAAUAAAUUGUAACAAGUAACCUAUAGGAAAUGAAAUUUUGUUAAUUUAUUUAUAUUUAAUAACUUAAACUCUAAAAAUCAACUCUUGUUAAUCUCCUUAAAUAGCUUACCAAUUAGUGCAUACUUUCUACUAAAUCAUAUCAAUGGUCAAUGCUAAUACUCUCACAAACUAAAAUUCUGAAGAAGCUAAGGUGAUGAUAGUUUCAUUGAAAAUCCUCAGUGAUGUUAUAAAAACUCCAUCUGCAGUAAGCUCUGAACAAAAAUCAAAAGAAUAAGCAAGUUUAUAAUCAGGUUAAGAAAUUUCAAAUCCUAAUGUGCCUGGUUCUACUUAAUCUGCAACGGAGGCAAGUAGAUAGAAAGAAAAAGAAUAAAUUAAGAAAAACCACAAAUAGAUGCUUGAAGCUUAUAAAAAUCUAAGAGAAGAAUUUAAAAAACAAUUUUAAAUUUAUGAAGAGAAGAACAAAGUGUCUUUUGUAGAAAAAAUAUAUGAAAACUUUAAGCUGAUGCUCAAACAUUUUGAGAGUAACAGAAGCUCUUUGAAAAUAGAAUACGCUAAUGGUGAAGUUGUCUAAGUCGUUUCUAAAGUUAACUUGAAGCCUUCAACUUCAGAGAUUUUCUAAUCCUGCUUUAAAAACCUUGAUGAAUUUAACCAGAAACUACCUAUGUUGAUGUAAAUCGUUGAUUAAAUAUAAUUUGGAAAUCUUAUGAGCUUACUCUUCUACCUAUUGCUAAUUGAUAAAAAUAUUAUGGACUAAAAAACUCUUUAAAAGUGGAGCAUUCUAUUAAGCGAAAUACUUGUUUCCCCAACCACUUCUUAAAUUUCCCAACCCCGCACCUAACGCUUACUAUAAUUGCUGAUGAAAACCAGUACAAAUUACUAUGAUACAAUUGAUCGUAUCGGUUUACACAAGGACUUUGAAACUGUUCUAAGAAUUCACAACUCAUCUAAAUAAUUUAAAGAGAUUAACUACGACUAACUUCUAGUGACAGUACAGUCGCUUCAAAAAAUAUUAAACAUAGCCCAAGAAAGACGUUAAAAUUGGUUGAAAUUCUGCAACUCCAAGCAAGGUGUUAUAAAAACUCUUUAUGACGCAGUUCUAAAUAAUGUAAAAGGGUGUGUCGAGCCAUCAUUGAAAUUAAUUUCACUUUACUAUGGAUAAACUAGUGAUAAAAAGUGA